AUGGUCUUGAGAUCGAAUUUGGAUUCCGUCAAUUUAUCCUCAUUUAAAUUAAAUAUUCUACGCGUCAGGCAUCACCCAUUACAAAGUAGUUUGAGGCCACACAUAAGGGGGUCUGUUGAGCGAUACAAGGCAUGUCUUGUGGCUAAGGGCUUCAAUCAGGAGUAUGACAUUGAUUAUGAGGAGACUUUUGCGCUGGUGGCUCGCCUUACUUCGGCAUGUCUUGUGGCUAAGGGGUUCAAUCAAGAGUAUGGCAAUGAUUAUGAGGAGACUUUUGCGCUGGUGGCUCGCCUUACUUCGGUCCAAUCCCUCCUUGUUGUGGCUUUUUGCAUGUCUUCUGAUUCAGAUGGUUAUUAUCUCUCUGAAGCAAAAUAUGCUUCAGAUCUCCUCUCACGAGCUGGCCUUACUAAUUGUAAAAUUGUUGAUAGCCCUCUAAAGACAAAUGUCAAAUUUCGUGCCACUGAUAAUACUGAUUGGCAGGUGAUCCCACUAACUCUCAUCUCUUGGUGUAGCAAGAAACAGUCUGUUGUUGCCCGCUCUAAUACUGAAGCUGAGUAUCGUGCUCUUACUAAUACCACCUCAAAGCUCUUGUGGCUCCUACAUGAUAUGAUUGUGAGUGAAGGAUUACUUGGUACUACGCAUAUUAGUACGGAAGGAUGGACAGCUGGCAAUAAGGCAACACUGAAGAGCUCGUACAAGCGGUGGGGGGACAGAAACAAAACGCUCCACCCUAAAUGGAGUCUGGCUGCAAUCAAAUCCGCCAUCAUAACCACCGCGAAAACUCGAGGUAAUAACAUGAAACCAAUCACGUUGGAAUCCAAUUCCAAAGCGACACCAUUGGAGUACGGCGCAGAACAUGUGCAUCCAAACAGCGCAACGGACCCCGGACUCAUUUAUGAUCUGGCCGUCGAUGAUUACUUGAACUACUUAUGUUCUCGUGGCUACAACCACUCGAUGAUCCAACUAUUUUCGAAAAGUCGGGCAUUUGUGUGUCCCAAGUUUUUCAGCACCAGUGACUUAAACUACUCUUCAAUCACAGUUUCUAAUCUGCAUGCAACCCCGGUGACUGCUACUAGAACGGUAACUAACGUCGAUUCUCCGCAACCUGCGGGAGUUUAG